AUGUCAGGGCUAAGGGUAGCUGUUUAUACUGUCCCUCCGGUCCCUUGUGUUGACCACCUGUCGCAUCAGCAGAAUACGACAUGGUCUCCAGAAACCUGCACUCUGGUUUUCUCAACAAACGAAGCCGUUCUCAUUGAUACAGGGAUCACAAUCGAUCAAAACAAGGACUUGAUCAAGUGGAUCGAGACAACUGCACCGGGACGAAAGCUGUCCUACAUCUACAUCACGCACGGGCAUGCAGACCACUUCCUAGGCCUCCCUCAGCUGCUGCAGCGCUUUCCAGAAGCACAGCCGGUGGCAACCGAAGGCACUGUCCGGCAUAUCGAGCAGCAGAUCUCCGAACCAUAUUUCUCCUCGACCUGGGUUGCCUUUUUCCCUGGUAAUCAACUUUACACUCCACAGCAGUUGCCGAAACCGCUUCCAAAGGAUAAUAAAUUUGUAUUGGGAGACCAAUGGAUCUUCGAGGCAAUCGAAUGCGGGCAUUCCGACACGUUUGAUUCAACAAUCCUGUGGGUUCCAGACCUGAGACUUGCCGUCUGUGGAGAUGUUGUGUACGGCAAUGUUCAUCAGAUGCUUUUCGAAGCCAAUUCUCCGGAGAAGCGGAAGGAAUGGAUCAGAGCAGUAGAGAGGGUUGAGGCUCUCCAUCCAGCAUAUGUGGUACCUGGACAUCGAAACGCGGAUGAGAUGGAUGGCGUUUGGCAUCUGGGAUCAACGAAGAAAUAUAUCCAGGACUUUAUCGAUCUGCUGGAAAAAAAGCCCAAGAGUACGACUGAAUUGUACUCUGCAAUGCUAGAAAGGCACCCUGACCGAUUCAAUCCGAUGGUCCUGGGCUGGGGCUGUGCUGGAGCCUACAUGUCCGGCGAAGUACCCUCGGCCAGCUGA